GGCGGCGGGAGCGGGGCGGCGGGAGCGGGGCCGGAGCGGGCCAUGAACAGCCGCCUGCAGGAGAUCCGCGAGCGGCAGAAGCUCCGCCGGCAGCUCCUGGCGCAGCAGCUCGGGGCCGAGAACGCGGACAGCAUCGGCGCCGUGCUCAACAGCAAGGAUGAGCAGCGGGAGAUCGCGGAAACCAGGGAGACGUGCAGGGCUGCUUAUGAUACUUCUGCACCAAAUGCAAAACGUAAAUAUCCAGAUGAGGGAGAAGCUGAUGAGGAAGAGAUUGAAGAAUAUAAGGACGAAGUAGAGCUGCAGCAAGAUGAAGAAAACCUGCCCUAUGAAGAAGAGAUUUACAAAGAUUCCAGUACCUUUCUUAAGGGCACUCAGAGCCUAAAUCCACACAACGAUUACUGCCAGCACUUUGUGGAUACAGGACACAGACCCCAGAACUUCAUCAGAGAUGUUGGCUUAGCAGAUAGGUUUGAAGAAUAUCCAAAACUUAGAGAGCUCAUCAGAUUGAAGGAUGAGCUGAUAUCUAAAUCUAACACUCCUCCCAUGUAUUUGCAAGCAGACUUGGAAGCCUUUGAUAUUAGGGAACUGAAGUCCAAAUUUGAUGUGAUUCUGCUGGAGCCACCUUUGGAAGAAUAUUACCGAGAGACUGGCAUUACUGCCAAUGAGAAAUGCUGGACCUGGGAUGAUAUCAUGAAACUGGAAAUUGAAGAAAUUGCAGCCCCAAGGUCAUUUGUGUUUCUGUGGUGCGGCUCAGGCGAGGGUCUGGAUCUCGGCCGAGUGUGUCUGCGAAAAUGGGGUUACAGAAGAUGUGAGGACAUUUGCUGGAUUAAAACAAAUAAGAACAACCCUGGCAAAACCAAGACUCUAGACCCUAAGGCUGUCUUCCAAAGAACGAAGGAGCACUGCCUCAUGGGCAUCAAGGGCACCGUGCGCCGCAGCACCGACGGCGACUUCAUCCACGCCAACGUGGACAUCGACCUCAUCAUCACCGAGGAGCCCGAGAUCGGCAACAUCGAGAAACCCGUGGAGAUCUUUCACAUCAUCGAGCACUUCUGCCUCGGGCGGCGGCGGCUCCACCUCUUCGGGAGGGACAGCACCAUCCGACCAGGUUGGCUGACGGUGGGACCCACCCUCACAAACAGCAACUUCAACGCGGAAACGUAUUCCUCGUAUUUCACGGCUCCCAAUUCCCACCUGACCGGCUGCACCGAGGAGAUCGAGAGGCUGCGGCCCAAGUCCCCGCCCCCCAAGUCCAAGUCCGACCGGGGCGGGGGUGCUCCCAGGGGAGGAGGAAGAGGAGGGACUUCGGCGGGCCGGGGAGAAAGGGGCAGGGAGAGGAACAGAACCAACUUCCGCGGUGAGAGGGGAGGCUUCAGAGGGGGCCGAGGAGGGACCCACCGAGGGGGCUUCCCCACCCGCUGAGGAGGUGACUGAGCUCUGCGCCCAGCCUACGCCUUGUCUGGGGAUCUUCUCUGUAGUCUUCUUCUUGCUACAGUGAAUUCCUCUGGGGACUCCAGCUAGAUGACUUUUCCAGUUGUUUUUGGUGCGCCCCGUUGCAGUCAGCCUUGCAGUGUGGCACAGACCCUUACCUGGCCGUGUCCUGCACAGGCAGCACUGAAGUCACAGCAGAGAGCACCAGCCCUUCACACCACGGCUAGGAUGGAAAUGAUCCCCUUGCUCUCCCCUUAGGAACCUUGCAAGACAGAGACUUCUUUUCCAACUUAAUUUUCUCCAAAACAUGGAUUCCUCCUCUGUCUUUGGAGGUUUGGGUUUGGACUGACUUACAUUAAUAUGCUGGAGUGGACAUGAAAUGCAGUUCUGAACUGCAUGGCCACAGCAGGCUUGCUGUUCUAUGGGAAAAAAAAGUGCUGUGUCUGUAUUGACACCUGUUUUAACUUCUCUGAAACCAAGGAACAAAUGAAAUAAAUAGAAUUCUAUUUUUUCUUAUUUGGUUUAAACUUCCCAAAUUAUUCCUGCGAAUAGGAAAAGGUUAAUUUUUAAUUUGUGGUGUAUAUGCAGUCACCUGUUACGUCAGUAGUGGGGAUAGUGGCAGUUGUGUGCAGUGUGCUGUGCUUCGUGGAAAGCACCAAGCUGUGCAUUUAUGGGCAGCCCAGAAGUUGUGCACAGGUCUGAGUCGCUCCUUGAGGGGGAUUUUCCCCGCCUUGUGUGUCUGUAACACCUUGUUCCAUGGCAGGGAAGAGCAGGGUCACUCCCUGGCUGGAGAGAGGAUUGCACAGGGCAGGUGUGAGUGUCAUGGCCUGGUGACAGGGAACACUGAUGGACCCGAGUGCUGCCUUUGCCUUCCACAUUGGGGAAUGGCUGUUGCUGAUCCAGUGCAGUGUGGAAGGACAGUGGCCCCCUCCUCUAUGUACAAUGUCUGUUUUUAGCAAAACCACAACUCUGAGCUUCUUGUGCAGUUCUUGGUAGACUGAACAGACCUGGCUUUGGAUGUCUCAAGGUCUUAGGUGUGGGUUUUGGAAAACUGGCGUUUAAGUCUCAAUGUUUCUCUUGAAGCCCAGCUUUUAAAUAACUGUCCUGUAAAGU